AUGGCAGAAGCGUGGCUGGGCAAUCUCACAGAAGCCGUUGCAGAUCUCGGGAGCAAUGGUGUGCCUGGUUUACCUUCAAUCAAAACCAAGAAACUCGUCGUUCGGAACAGCGAUUUGAUCUGGGCGGAGAAGAAUGUGAUUAGGAUGGUGAGUAUGGCCCAGCUGAAGGGUGGCUGUAGUAAUUCCAGUAAUCCCAUCAAAACACUCCAAAUCCCCAAUCUCAACUUCGAUAUCCACUCGCUCGCCCUCAACCACACCAAGAAGCUCCUCGCCGUCUCAGGCACCCACCAAGUCCUCGUCAUCGUUCUCCCCCGCCCUGGAUACGCCAAUCUCGUCACCCCCACUUUAGAUUCCCGCUCCAUCCUCAUUGGCCAGUACUACCACGCUCUCCCCGGCUCUUCCCAACUUGCCAACGUCGAUUGGCACCCGUGGUCUUGUUCCGCCGCCUCCCUCCUCGUCCUCACCCGCGAUUCCCUCCUACGCGAAUACGACGUCUCCCUCGACUCGGACGAGCCCCAGCAAUCCCUCUCCUUCACCCAGCACUCCGCCAUGCCCGGCUCUUUGUCCACCCCGCUCUCCAAUCACAGAUCCCGAGGCUUCUCCGCCGACGACGACCGCGACGACGAGUGCGUGUCUUUCCACCUCGGCUGCUCUUCCUCCGACUGGGGCGCGCUGACUCUGUACGCCCUCAUGCGCAACGGCGACGUGUACGCUCUGUGUCCCUUCCUCCCCACCCACGCUCUCGUCCCUAUCAAUUACAUACAGAAUCUCCGCGGCGUCACUGAGGCCAAGCUCCUCGACCCUGCACACGAAGACAACGGCAUCGUUGAAGCCCGUCUCAACCAGCAGAUGCGCUGGCUGAAUGCCAUGGCCAAGCAAAUGCAUAGCCUCGAUGGUAGUGCUACGUCUUUCAAAUGCUCCUCUCCUAGAGCUACUGGAUCUAUUCUUCGCCAGGGCCCUUAUCUCGUUCAGCCCCCGCCCAGCGACGACGAUGAGGAAGCUGACGCGUCCGAUAUCAUCGCCAUUCGUCCCAGUCAGCUCCCGAUGGACGUCUUUGUGGUGGUCUACACCAAUGGCCGCGUAGAUGUCUGUCUAGCCACCGACAACGUCGAGGGGCGAUGGUCGAGUCGAGCAGAACUAGCGGCACAACCACCUGUUAUGUCCACCUACGAAACCAUCCAGUUGGUUAACGGUGCUGAUGUGGGAUACCCGUCUCUCGAGCACGACCCAGUGUACGAAGACACGGUUUACAUCAGCCAUGCCAGCGGCGUGCAUGCCCUCGUGCUAAAGCCGUGGCUCGACGAGCUGGCCCAGACUGAGUGUAUAACGCGCGACUCGAAACUCAUCCAGGUAGUCCAGACGGGUGAGAGGGAUAACGCUCAAAGCAACCCUGUUGUCGCGCUCGAUAUAGUCAACGACGCUUUCUUAGGUUAUUUUCUCCUUGCUCUCACUGCCAACUUGCAGCUCCUCCCGCUGGCCUUGUCGCUGCGUGUGGAGGAGACUAGCGGGGAAGGGGUGGAGGAGAAGGAGCACAAGAAGGGUGCUGAGGGUGCGGAUCAUACCUCAGAGCACUUGAAGCACUACAGUAGUCUGCUCGACGCCGCCCACCCCAUCGACCUCGAUGCCGCCCACCCUAUCGACUUAACACGUGGACUAGAUGGGGGACAUACGCGGGAUGAGAUCGCAAUAACGCCCCAGACACUGCGCUAUCUGGCGAGUGCCAACAGCGUACAAGACCGACUGAGUCUGCAAAUACGCGAGAGUGCACGUCAAAUUGACCGCCUCGCUCACGUCGCCCAAGUCGCUACUAACCCUUCUAACCAGGCAGGCGUGGGUAGUGGCAAGGGUGGUCGCGUGCACGCUGUCUCUCUCGACCAGCUCGCCCUGCUUGCUAGGAUGGAUCGGCUGCUUCAGCGCCUUAUGGACAGACACCAACCUACUCUUUCAGUUCAUGAAACUAAGUGGUUUGAGGAACUCGCGCGCAUUCGCGAUGAAGUUGGCGGGAGUGGGGGUGGUAAGAAUGGUGAUGCUAAAGGUAGAGCUCUACAGGCACGUAUGAGUAGGCUCAACCAUCAACUCAAUAUCCUUAGGCCGCAGGUGGAGGCGUAUCAGUUGGGCCAGGCGGCAAAACUCACCCCCUCAUCCGCUAUUGGCGCUUCGCAAAUCGCUAAGGUGGAGGGAGUGCUUCAUGAAGAGAAGCAUGCCACAUCUAGCUGGGCAGUCAAGCAGCGAUACGCCGCGCUGGUGAUAGUAUCACACCUGCAACCCACUUACACGGUCGGUUGCUACAAAAAUAUACCACCAUCGCCCCAGCUUGCAGUCGUUGUGGUGCUAAAGGAGAGUCGCCACUGA